GUUUACGUCUGGCGGCCGGCGAGACCCAACACCUGCAGGACCAGAUCCCGCGAGUGUCUCGCACCUAAACCAACAACACCUGCAGGACGUUGCCCCUCAACCAAUAACAACACCUGCACGAAACAACGGCUUAUACAAAUAUCUAAACUGUUUGAAGCCUGAAAUCAAAUAAUAACUGCGUGUGAGGUUUUCCAGAGGCUGCAUCACACUAAAGGUCUCCAGACAUGUCACGGGCAGGAGCUAAAAUGCGGGUGAUGAAGAAAGCGGUGGAGAAGGUGAAGCACGGUAGCAUAAUGCGCACGAACAUUCCUGCUGGCAUGGCUGUUGCUGGCCCUCCCCUUGGCCCUAUGUUAGGACAGCGUGGUCUGAACAUUGCAGCCUUUUGUAAAGAAUUUAAUUCUCGUACAGCCCACUACAUUGAAGGUGUUCCUUUGCCAUGCAGAAUUAAAGUGCGACCUGACAGAUCCUUUGAAUUAGUUAUUCACAACCCUCCUGUGACAUACUUCGUUAAACAAGCUGCAGGAAUUCAGAGAGGUGCAAUGCGUCCUGGAAGGGAAGUGAGUGGGAAAAUAACACUUAAACACGUCUAUGAAAUUGCCAAGAUCAAAAUCCAGGACCCGCCACUGGUGCUCACGCCUCUUAAACAACUCUGCGAAUUGAUCAUUGGCACAGCGCGCACAUGUGGUGUUGAGGUUGUGCGAGACUUGGAUCCUAAAGAAUAUGGAGAGUUUCUUAAGGAACGCAUAGAAGUUGUUGAGGAACAGCUAAAGGAAUUAAAAGAGUUAAAAGAAGCUAAAUUACUCAGAAAAUAGCUACUAUAUGUAAAGCUGUUAUAUGAAGUAAAUAUAAAGUUAUUAGUCUAACAUUACUGCAUUUCUGUGUUUUGGUCCUUUUCUAAUCUUUCAUUUCAUGUGUACAUAUAACCAAGCUUAAUUUAAUUUAUGCAAAUUCUAAUAAAUGUAUCGUAGCUUAAAUCUUAUCUUAGUAUAUUGGUCCUUUGAUAUGAUGCCAUGUCAUUUAGGGUAACCAAUUCAUUAUUUUCAACAAUUUAAAUUGUGAUUAUUGUUUGUUAUUGUACAUAAAUAUCUGCAUGUGAGUGAACAACGUUCAGUACAAAUAAAUUUUAAAUAAAAUAA